AUGGUCGACCACAGAGGGGCCGCAUCCCCUAAAGACGCCGAGCAAUACAACUCGGUCCUUGCCCAUGGCGGCGACUCCUCUCCCGAUUACGCAAGCGGGCAGGUCCAGGAUGAGCAGGCUUUCAAGUUCUCCGAGUCGCGGAAGAUCGGCGUGACGGGGGCCGUGUUCCUCAUAUUGAACAAGAUGAUCGGGACAGGAAUUUUCUCCACCCCGUCCGGGAUCUUCGCAUCAACAGGCUCGGUCGGAAUAAGCAUCAUCCUGUGGCUGAUCGGCGGGAUCCUCACCUUCGCAGGCCUAUCCGUCUUCCUCGAAUUCGGCCUCGCCAUCCCCAGGUCCGGUGGCGAGAAGAACUACCUCGAGCGCGUGUACCGCCACCCGCGGUACCUGGCGACCUGCGUGCUCGCCUCGCAGAUGAUACUGCUGGGCUUCUCUUCGGGCAACUCGCUAGCCUUUGGGCGCUACGUCCUCUUCGCCUCUGGGUCGUCCGAGCCGGACGGGUGGACGGCUAGAGGCCUUGGUAUCGCGUGCGUCACGUUCGCCGUGGGCUUGCACUCCGUGCUUCCGAAGUGGGGUCUGAGGCUUGUGAACGUGCUGGGCGUCUUCAAGGUGGUGAUCCUUUUGUUCAUCGUGUUCAGCGGCUUUGCCGCCCUUGCGGGACGGCGACUGGUGCCGAACCCGCACAACUUUGACAACGCGUUUCGCAUCGAGGAAGGCGAUGGCUAUGGGAACGGCGGCGCUUACGGAUAUGCGACGGCCCUCCUGCGGAUCGUCUAUAGCUACAAGGGGUGGGAGAACGCGAACUACGUGGUCGGAGAGCUCAAGAACCCGAAGCGGACGCUCGCCGUCGCCGCGCCGCUGGCCGUGGGCGGAGUCACAGUGCUGUACCUGCUUGCGAAUGUGGCUUAUUUCGCCGCGAUCCCCAAGAGCGACCUAGCCAAGUCGGAGGUCAUCGUGGCUGGGCUCUUCUUCCGCAACGUCUUCGGACAGAGUGCAGGUGCCAGGAGUCUCCCGGCGUUUGUGGCUCUGAGCAACUUGGGCAACGUCCUCGCUGUGUCUUUCGCACAUGCGAGACUGAACCAGGAGCUGGGAAAGGAGGGCAUGCUGCCUUUCAGCAGGUUUUGGGCGUCGAACAAGCCGAGCAAUGCGCCUGCGGCUUCGCUGUUCCUGCACUGGCUCAUUACCGUCAUCGUUCUCGUGGCGCCACCUGCGGGCCCCGCGUACAACUUUAUCGUUGAUCUAUACACGUACCCUGGCGUGUGGAUCAACGGAUUCGUGGCAGCCGGGCUCAUCUACCUACAGUUCAAGAAGUCAGAGAAUUGGUCGUCACCAUGGCACACCUACCUCCCGGUCACACUAUUGUUCCUCGCGAUGAACGUCUUCCUAGCCAUCGUGCCAUUCAUACCGCCGACAGGCAGCUGGGAUGCUGAGGGCUACCCGUACUAUGUCUUCCCCGUAGUCGGCGUCGGUGUUCUGAUACUCGGUGGCUUUUACUGGACUAUUUGGACAAAGGUGCUGCCCAGCAUCGGCGGUUACAAGGUGGUAGCGGAGCGGAGUGUAACCGACGAUGGUGCUGAGGUGGUGACAUAUAUUAAAGUAAAAUCUCUCAAGCACGACGAUGUGAUGUAG